GCAAUAAAGGCGCUUUAAUUAACAAAACCGACAAAAAUACUCAGACAAAAGUAAUGAAAGUAGAUAAAAGAGAUAAAAACGAAAGCUGAUAGUGUUCAUAAACGUGAAAUAAAAUCAAGUGCUGAUAACAAAAAUUUAUUGUCGAUUCUCCUUGCAUAAAUUAUUGAGUGAUUUUCGCAUUUCCAUUUAGUCGCAUUUGUGAUUUUUCGUGUACAAGAAACAAGGGACAAAAAAAAAGUUAUUUAAACAUGUCACUAAUACAAUUACUUGUCAUCCUUUUAUCACUGCACAUUGCGCAUGCCGCACCAACGGAAAUAACAUUACAUAAUAAGGAUUCUGUGACAAAUUCUAGCGCAGUCAGAAAUUGGACGUUGUUCUGUGAAGAUCUCUGUAGUUUGAAGAUAUCAGGUCCCGCUUGCGGGCUUGAUUGCCAUAAAAUUCCAGUCAAUAAAGAUCUUGUCGCUAUGGCUGACAUCAUUACAGCUGAGGAUCAUGAAGAGCUGUGUGAAGAUUUAUGUGAAAAUGGACUAGGAGAUAAUCGGUGUGAAUGUAAAGUGCCAAUAAUACCAGCACAUUUCAUACCAGCCAUCCAUCGACCAGACAAAUUUAAAAUUUGUGCUGAUGCUUGUCGCUUCUAUCGUGUGACAUUAAAAGGCUGCUCACGAUGUCCAUUUGAGGAAAGUGAGGAACAAACUUUUAGUCGAUUCCAUUUACCACCGCCACCUCCUCAUCCACCAGUUUUAAGUCCACAAAUGCCAGUGCUGCAAAACUUUCGACCUAAUCCACAAAGUGCUAUGCAAGCUCCAAUGCAAUUGCCACAAACUACACCUGACUCUACAACACCUGACUGGAAUCGGCUUUGUGCUCAACUUUGUCGGAAUGGCACUGGAGGUCUCCUUUGUAAUUGUGAUCUGCCACCAUUUAAGUAGGAUUAGUAGAACACACUUUGCACUAUUAUCAACAAACUUAUAAGUUAGCGCACUUUAAAAAGUAAGAAAAAUGAACACAAAAACUUUUAGUUUCUAGUCCUUCUACAUUUGUAGGAACUUUAAAGCACAUCUGCACCAAUUUGACAUAAUUUAAAUGGUGAGCAGUAAGCACAAUAAUUUAUAUAUUUAAAAGAAAAAAUUAUCAAUUAAACUAAAUGUCAAUUCAAUCGAGCAUUUUCAUGUCGAAGUUUAAUGAAAAGUUGAUGAUUAAUAUCAGAGACUUGAUGACAAGCUGAUGUGAAAAUGUCAUCGACUAUAUAGUAUUGAAUGUAACUUAUUAGCUUUUGGUUUCAUCAGAAAAAAAGUCAUAUGAAGAAUAAAUGUUUAGACAAAAAAUAUUUAAAAAUUAUAACAAAAAAUAUGGAAAUAGAGAAUGAAAAUCGAGACUUCACUUAAGGAUGAAGGGACAU